ACACACAUCAGCUACAUCACAGUGGUAACAGGUUUCCUGUCAGUUUGCAGGUCUUUGCAUACACAGACAGUUUUUGAAAAUGGUUGCCUUCUGUCCCAUCUGUGGAAAACCUGUCUACUUUGGUGAGAAGAAGCGCUCUCUUGGCAGAGACUACCAUCCACUAUGCCUGAAGUGCUUCAGAUGCAAGAGCCAGCUCAGCCCAGGAAACCAUGCAGAGGAACUAGACAGCCAGUACCUCACUCGUCUCCUGGGACAGCUUCUUAAAGAAUUCCAGCAGACAGCCAGAAAGGAUUGCCUUUUGUCACCGGAGGAUUCACUUCAGCGACUGCACAGCACAGCUGAACAGCCUGUUAGGAAAAUAGAUAGAUAGAUAGAUAUAUAUAUAUAUAUAUAUAUAUAUAUAUAUAUAUAUAUAUAUAUAUAUAUAUAUAUAUAUAUAUAUAUGUGUGUGUGUGUACACUAGAGGUGACCUUAGCAGGAUUUUCAUAUUUCUUGUGUAUUGACUUUGUACAGUAACAUCUGAGGUAGGGUUAGGUUAAGGCUGUUAAUAUGGGGGAAUUAAAAUCAACUGAAUACUUUGUGCUUAAUAAGGUUAAACAGUUUUCCUAGUUGGCUAAACUACUUGCAUUUUUGUAUAAAGGCGAGCUGCCAAAAUAGGAAGGCAAUAAUCUGCAAAAUUUAAA